CUAUUGCACUCUCCUUAGCGAAAUUGUUUACAAACAAACACGUAACUUUCGCGUUGAAGAUCAUCGCCGCUUCGAGAUGAGCGACAGUCAUGAGAGCGCAGGUGAGCGAAAAAAUCUGACUAUAGUUGUAUGUGCUCGAAAUUUCCCGUGCGCUUGCUACGAGUCCCCCCUCAAAAAAUGGAUUACCACAUAAAAUUAUUGAGCAAGUGUCAUUUCAAACGAAACCGUUGUACGUUAGAAAAAGAAGCCGAAGAAGGAGCUGCCAAAAGUUUUCCACUGAGACGGCAUCGUUUCGAUAAAAUCUGCUUCAAGUCGCUCACAGCUCUCAGUGCUAAAGAUUCGUUGGAAAAUCUGCAAAAAUUGAAGAGGAGAAAUGAUGGUGGCCCGAGAAGACUUUUCUUUGGUAGGAAUACAAAUAACUCUGAUAAAAGGGCAAAGAAGAAGCUUAAAAAGAGAUUCGACAAACAGAAUGUAUCCGAGGUGAAUAUCAAACGAGCCACUGACGACGAUGAAAGUGAUAAGCUCGUUGAUAUUGUUAGUUCAAGAAAUAUCGGAACUCUGUUAGACAAAGACGUUGCUGCAGACAAUCCUAAACUCAGCGAACAAAUUGUCACGAAGCAAACAGACGACAUCCUACACUCUCUCGAAAAUUUGAAACUCCAAGGGGAAGAUGAAACUAACAAAAAUUCCAUGGACUGCGACUCCGGCGAUGCAAGACCCGAUAAUUUGUCACUCGAAUUAGAUCUUACUGGAGAAAGUCUUACCGAUCUGGCUUGUGCUCAGAAGCGGAGCGUACAAUGGAAACGCGAAGUCGAUGUUAUUUAUUACACUGGAAAUUCUAGCGCUGGCAAAGUGGUGCAUCGCGAGAACGAGCCGUUACGCGAGGAGGCCGAACAGCAAGCACGUCGACAUCGCUUCAUUGAGCUCGCUCUUACCAAGAGCCUGCUAUCCGACGUGGGCGCUUGCCAACUACGCGACCCUUGGCUCGUUUCUGUAAUACCCAAGUGAACCGCUCUUUGUCUGUCGUCGCUCGUUCGUGUCCUAUUGUCUUCUACUUUUUCGUCACAUUUACUCUAUUUUUUUUGUCGGUUUUACAUGAAUUUUCGAAUAUACCGUUUUUUACCAAUAAAGUUUUGCAUAAAAACAGCAUACAGUGGGUUUUUCUUAUGAAUAAUUACUAUUCUUAUGAACUGCUAUUCUUAUGAAUACGAAGACAUUACAUAUUCAUUUAUAUUAUUCUUCUGUG